AUGACUUCAACAGAUAUCUCUCCUCCCGCUUCUCCAGCACCAUGCUCUCCAGGGGAUUCACAUAUAUCAGCAUGUUCAUCGUCGGACACUUCUGCAUCCCCAGCUGACGCAGAGGGGGAUCAAUCAGAUUGUGAUCUAAAACAUUACAUACCGAUAGGAGUACUAUGGUGGAGGCUGCCUGAUGCCACUAGGCCAGAUGCUCCACAAGAGUAUCGUCCAGAAGCAGAUUCUCUACACCUGCUCGAGGACGAUGGCUUUAUAAAAUUGUCCGUUGCUCAGGAACCCGGUGAAAUAUGGGCAAGAAUCCAAAUCUAUUUGAUACCAGAGAGCAGGAUCCCGAGACUGCCACGCAGACACCAACGCCACCGGCGUGCUUUGAAAGCUGUGAUGGCUAAAAUCGACGCAUCGGCAGAUGCAUGGGAAGGAAGACGGCGACAUCCGGUACCGGUCAACAAUGCUAGCGAAGCAGGCUCUGGCUGUGAAUCUCUCUUUUAUAUCUUCAACACAUUACAAUCUCCAAAGCCGGAAGCAACACAUGUCUCUGACCCUUGGUCUAAAAUUGCAAUUACUAAUCUUAUUUAUUCCGGCGAUUAUGAAGAUGACGCUGGUGAUGGCAGCUCCGGAAUUGAUGGCCUGAAGACAAGGCUCUACCCCUACCAACGGCGAUCUGCUGCUCUAAUGAUCCAAAAAGAGGCGGAGCCAUCGCUAUCGCUUGACCCUCGACUCCAAGCUCUCCAGAGCCCGACAGGAAGAACAUAUUACUACGAUGGAGAGCAAGGAAUUGUAUUUGAUGAGCCAAGGUUCUAUUCCAAUGUGUCGGGAGGCAUCUUAGCAGAAACAAUGGGGUACGGGAAGACGUUAAUAUGCCUAGCUGUUAUCCUAGCAACAAGGGGUCACAUGCCUUCUAUUCCAUCUGAAUUCAUUACUUCAACGCCAAUUAGAAGCGAAACUGGAUCGCUCAUGACUAUGGCUGCGGCUGCAGCCGGUACCAAGUCCCUUCCUUGGGAAACACAUUUUAGAAACCUUGGCUCUAAUGGAAUGUACUUCGGCAAAUGUAUCGAUAUGUGCAACAAACACCGUGGAACAUACACUAUCAAUUUGGCCCCAAAGUACGGCAACCGCAGCGGCUCGUAUCUGAGAGAUAGCUCAGUUACAGUACAGCUCACAUCGGCAACUUUAAUAAUUGUCCCACCAAACUUGGUCGAUCACUGGCUAAACGAAAUAGCUAUACAUACUGAAGGCUUAAAUGUCCUGGUGCUCAGAGACAGCAGCGCUAAAACCCCACCAGCAUCUGAUCUUUUAAAGUAUGACAUCGUGUUAUUUUCACAGCCCCGAUUCAAGAAGGAAUCUGGUGUUUAUACAGGGUCAGGUCCCACAUAUUUCUCACCGCUGAGAUAUCUUCGUUGGCUCCGAAUUAUUGUCGAUGAAGGCCAUAACUUUGCUAGUAGUGGAGGAAAAACUAAUUCAGUCUAUAUGCUAGACAAACUACAAGUUGAACGUCGAUGGAUUGUUUCAGGGACACCAUCGAAAGGACUCUAUGGUGUUGAAAUCACCCUUGCUGCCGAGCAAAGCCUUAAUUCGACAUCGGAGGAGGAGAAAAUUGGAGGAAUAUUGGAAGCUCGUAGGCAUGCCGGAAACAUACUGAAUGACGAAGUGAAGCGAUUGGACAGCCUGCGAUCGAUGGUUAUCGAUUUUCUCAAUCUCAAGCCCUGGGCGAAUUCUCGAGCAGCAGAUCCAGCUAGCUGGACGACUUACAUGACCCCAAUUGGUCCCGACGGAAGGCGAGCGAUGUCCCCGUCUCUUCGAGCCACCCUCCAGUCACUUGUCGUACGCCAUCGCUCAGAAGACUUACAUCGGGAAUUGCCCUUACCAAGCCUUCACAAUGAAGUUGUUUAUCUUGAACCAACUUGUUACGACAAAGCCUCGUUGAAUUUGUUCAUCCUGCGGAUCGUGAUUAACGCAAUAACCUCUGAGAGGACCGGCGAUGACUACCUGUUCCAUCCCAAAAACAGAAAGCAUCUCAGCCAGUUGAUGAACAACCUGAGGCUAGCGGGAUUUUGGUGGCCUGGAGCCGAGACCGAAGAGAUCCAAAAUGUUACUCUUCGAGUAGGUAAAGACUAUCUGCAGAAGAAUAUAGAUCGGAUGGCAGGUGAGGAAUUGAAUUUGUUGCAUCAAGCGAUAUCCAUUGGAGAGAAAAUCUUGGGCUUCUCCACUCGGAAUGUUCUAUGUGAAAAGGAAGAAGUUGGAAUCUUGGUGGAUGGUUUCCCUGAGUGUGCCCAGGGUUUUUGGGAAAUAGGUGAGAGAACGGGGCAUCAGGAACCAAUGCUUCUUGGCCUCUCCCUUGCCAGAGAGGCACAGAAAUUUGUUGUCUCGAAGCUCUGUUCCUUGGAUCCGGGAGAAGGACUCGCUGGAGCCGGCAUCAGAGCUAGACGGCAGAGAUACCAAAAACCUACGCAAGUUGAAAAAGCCUCCCCUAAAAAAAAGCCAGAGGAAGUGAUAAAUACCACCCAUCGACCGAAGCCUGAGAAGAUUAGCGACACAAAGAGCUCAGUGAAAAAGAGUCUGCCGUCUGACUCCAGUUUAAAGAAAACAAAGGUCAUCGGGACCGUGUCGGCUAAGCUGAGUUACCUUCUAGAAAAAGUGCUCCAGUUUCAAGACACAGAGAAAAUUAUAAUCUUCUACGAGAGCGAAAAUACCGCGUUUUGGAUCGCCGAGGGCCUUGAGUUGGUGGGCACUGAUUUUCGCAUUUAUGCACAUACUCUGAAGGCCAGCCAAAAGUCGGAGUAUUUGUCCACAUUUAAUGAGGGCGAAUCAGUCCGGGUCCUCCUUAUGGACCUUCGACAAGCCUCUCAUGGUCUUCACAUAGCGAUUGCUUCAAGGGUCUUCAUUGUCAACCCCAUAUGGGACCCCAAUAUCGAGAGCCAAGCCAUCAAGCGAGCCCAUCGGAUAUCCCAGACUCGGCCGGUGUACGUGGAAACUUUGGUGCUGAAGGAUACGUUGGAAGACAAAAUGCUGAGGCGCAGAAAAGCCAUGACAAGCGUAGAGAUGCAACAUGCAGAGAAAGACAUGCUGAAUGAUGGGACAAUGAGCUCCAUCAUCCAGAGUGAAGGCUUUCUCCCCCUUCCUGACAAUUUUGCAUCCCCUAGCGCUGCUAUCCUGAGCAAGCCCUUUGGAUUGUUUGAUAGACACACGCUCCCUAUCCCCGACGACUACGUUGAUCCCACCAAGCCUGCACAAGACCAUCAGCCAGAACUUGUCGCCUCAGAUAUAGUUUCUGACUCUCUGACUGCUGACGACAAACGGAGAUUGGCUAAUUUCCUUGAAUUCGACUCGCCUGCAGCCUCUCAGGGAAGAAAAUCACCGAAACGACGCAAGGAAUCACACGCUGAAGAGGUUGUCAACGAAAAUGGCAUAGUUUUUAUAUCCCCUAGAAGCCGGACACCCCGCAAACAGCGACGAGGGCCUUCUAGCGUCUCUUCUAGUCCUAGCAGCCCCAGCACAUGA